AUGACCUACGGACUCGACGCCGCAUUGGAGCCGCCCGCCGCCAAGCGUGCGUUCUCCACGUCGCCGACCGCCACCACCUCCUCGGACGGAGAGGCGUCCGAGCGCGACGCGCUCGUGGGAUCGGACGCGCUGCUCGUGGGCGCGGCGAGCCACAGCGGCGCGCACCCGAAGCCGCGCCGCCACCGCUCGACGUUCGACUGGCUGCUGGGCGUGACCUUCCUGCUCAUCGUGGCGCUCAUCUGGACGUUCGCCAGCGUGCUGGUACAGUACAUCUUCCACAACCUGAGCUUCCAGGGGCCGUUCUUCCUCACGUACGUGGGCAUCUCGCUCUUCUCGGUGAACCUGCCGCUCUGGUACGCGUCGCAGGUGCUGUACCCGAGGGUCCGCGCCUGGCUGCGCGGCCUGCCGACGGACGGCAAGCUCUGCCACAGCGAGCUGCUGCGGCGCUCGGGCAAGCAGGCCAGCUACAGCCACAUCUUCCGCAUCAGCGCCAUCAUCUCGCCGCUCUGGUUCAUCGCCAACUUCACGUACAACAUGAGCCUGAACCUCACGAGCGUGUCCAGCAGCACCAUCGUGAGCUCCACGUCCACGGUCUUCACAUUCCUGCUGAGCGUCGUGGCGCUCAAGGAGCCGUUCGUGUGGCUCAAGCUCGCGGGCGUCAUCCUCUGCAUGGCCGGCAACAUCUCGACCAUCUUCAACGACGAGGGCGCGGACGGCGGCGCCGACCACGUGCUUGGGGACCUGGUAGCGCUGUUUGCUGCCUUUAUGUACGGCGUGUACACCACCUCGAUCCGCCGCCUGAUCCCGGACGACGAGAGCGUGAGCAUCUCGCUGUUCUUCGGCUUCAUCGGCGUCAUCAACAUGGUGUGUCUGUUGCCGUUCGUCCUGGCCUUCCACUACACGGGCGUCGAGUCGCUGAGUGGGCUGUCGCUCGAGAUCCUGCUGCUCAUCGGCGUCAAGGGGCUCUUCGACAACGUGCUGUCCGACUACCUCUGGGCGCGCGCCGUGCUGCUGACGUCGCCCACCGUGGCCACCGUCGGGCUGUCGCUCACAGUCCCGCUGGCUAUCGUGGCCGACUUUUGGUUCCACGGCAUGCUGCCCACGAACGUGACGCUGCUCGCCUCGGCGCUCGUCAUCUCCGGCUUCGUGCUCAUCAACGUCGGCACCAAGCAGAACCAGCACGAGUAUCACCCGCAGCGCUCUACGGACCGCUCCGGCAAACCACCAGGGGGCCCUCGCUCGCGCAGCAACAGCGUCGGCGCAUUCGGUGUAUAA